UCACUCUUGUUUUCUGGACCAGUCUUCUCCUUCCACAAAUCUCUGUCAUGGACUCAGAUGUCAUUUUUCUACAUUUUCUGAUAUUUACACUUUGCACCCUUGUGAAAUCUAAAUCAAGUCUUUGCAGGACAUCUUGUGGUGACAUACAAAUCAAUUAUCCUUUUGGCAUUGAUGAUGGUUGUGGCAGCCCCUACUAUAGAAACCUCCUAGUAUGCUCCGAAAACAACCACCUCGAACUCCGCACCCCGUCUGGCAGAUACCCCAUCCGUCGGAUCGAUUACUCGGAUCCUCACAUCCUCGUUACUGAUCCGUACAUGUGGAGUUGCCAAGAUGGGGAGCGUUUUCGGCCCACCCGCCCGUUUAGCCUAGACACAAGUAUCCAUUUCUCGUUAUCCGUGCAAAACGACUAUCUUUUUUUCAAUUGUAGCGAAAAUGAUGUGAUAGUGGAGCCAAAACCGGUCUAUUGUGAAAGAUUCCCUGAUCGAUGUGACUCGACAUGUGAUAGUGCUAGCUAUUUGUGUAGGCAUUUGCCCGAGUGUGCCCACGCUUUGGGUAGUGCUACCUCGUGUUGCUCGUAUUACCCGAAAGCAACUGAGUCACUAAGGUUAAUGCUGAAGUAUUGUGAAACUUAUACUAGUGUAUAUUGGAGGAAUUUGGGGGUGUCACAAACGUAUAACACGGCCCCAGAGUACGGGAUCCGGAUAGACUUCGAUAUCCCGGUGACAACACGGUGUCUCGAAUGUCAGGAUGGGAGUAAGGGCGGUGGUACGUGCGGAUUCGAUGUCGAAACACAUGGUUUUUCAUGCUUAUGUGACAAAGGAAAUGUUACAACUUAUUGCAAAGAUCAUUCUCAACACAAGAGUUCUCGAGUAAUUGUAGGAACAGCAACUGCAGUGUCAGUAGCCGGAGCGAUCGGAAUAGGGGCCGGGGUAUGGUACUUUAGAAAAAUAAAAGCUCAAGCACCAGUCACACAUGGAGUUCAAAGCAACGAGAAUAGGCUUUUUUGAUUAUUUUUUUUUUAUUAGAUUUAGUUGUUAUGUAUUUCCAGAAUAUGUAUAAUAUAGUAAUCUUUUCCUUUUAUUUUAAGUUGAAUCCGUGUGAUACAAUAAAGUUUGUAUUGUGAGUGACCUUUCUUUCAGUAGCG